GGCACACCCUGGGCCUUGGGGUCCAGAGCUCGGACUUCCGGGCCCCCACCUCCUCCUGGAGUGGGUAGAUAUGCGAGAGCAGGAGGGCACGCCGGGAGCUCGGGCUGCCCUUGGAGGGCCCCCCAAAGGAGGACUGAAGGGGGAGGCACGCUGCCACGAUCGUCCGCGGGUGAGCCAAGAUGAAAGUGCCUGGGACCCUCGGUGGCUCGGCGAGGUAGGGGUUAGUGGGGACGGAAGUGGGGAGAAACUGGGAUCCCGCAAGAGAGAGAGACGUCAGAGAAGCCGAGGGACUUAAGAACAAGGCCGAACCGUCCUGCCAGAUCCUGGAAUUGGGAAGGGUGAGGACUCACUAGGACUCUCCGGUGGAAAUGGGGCUACAGCAGGAGCUGAUGACCCUCAUGAUGUCUGGUGACAAAGGAAUUUCUGCCUUCCCUGAAUCAGACAACCUUUUCAAAUGGGUGGGGACCAUCCAUGGAGCAGCUGGCACAGUAUAUGAAGACCUGAGGUAUAAGCUCUCCCUGGAGUUCCCCAGUGGCUACCCUUACAACGCUCCCACAGUGAAGUUCCUCACACCCUGCUACCACCCCAACGUGGACACCCAGGGUAACAUCUGCCUGGAUAUCCUGAAGGACAAGUGGUCUGCCCUGUAUGACGUCAGGACCAUCCUGCUGUCCAUCCAGAGCCUGCUAGGAGAACCAAACAUUGAUAGUCCUUUGAACACACAUGCGGCCGAGCUCUGGAAAAACCCCACAGCCUUUAAGAAGUAUGUGCAAGAAACCUACUCAAAGCAGCUCUCCAGCCAAGAUCCCUGACUGUCCAGCCUCUCUCCUCGUGUUGUCUUUUUAUUUUCUCCUUAGAUGGUCUGUCCUUUUCUUCAUUUCUGUCUAGGACUCUGUCUUCAGCUGUGGUGUCAUUUUUGUUUUGUUUCUGUAUUUUAAAUUAAGUCUCUGGUUGAGCCCUUGUGAUAUAUUAAAUAAAUACAUUGGGUUU